CUCUCUUUCUCCCCUGUCCCAGAGUGUCCCAAUCCCCCUAUACUCUCACUUUCAUAUUAUUUUACCCCCCUCUCACAAUAAUGCAAGUUUCAUUUGCUUGCACUGAGCAGACACUACGAAGUAGGACCAGUGAAGACCGUCUGUGUCCCAGUCGCCCCUCAGGUGGACAGAAUGGGGGUACAGGGGGACAAAGCAAACAGCGUACUCCCCCUAUGGGGACAAAAAAUGCUAAUCAGGUGCUUCCCCUCCUUUCUCACAUCCUGCGUGAGUCCACAGGCAAAGCAACUGGCAUGAAAUACAGAAAUCUGGGAAAAUCAGGAUUAAGAGUUUCAUGUCUUGGACUUGGUACUUGGGUAACUUUUGGUUCCCAGAUCACAGAUGAGAUUGCAGAAAACCUUCUGAGUAUUGCAUACGAACAUGGGGUGAACCUUUUUGAUACUGCAGAAGUGUAUGCAGCAGGGAGAGCAGAAAAAUCUCUGGGAAAUAUUCUUAAAAAGAAAGAAUGGAGACGCUCCAGUUAUGUUGUUACAACCAAAAUUUACUGGGGAGGACAGGCAGAAACUGAAAGAGGCCUUUCACGCAAACAUAUUAUUGAAGGUCUCAGAGGGUCUCUGGAGCGCCUGCAGUUGGAGUAUGUGGACAUUGUAUUUGCAAAUCGAAUGGAUGCUAACAGUCCGAUGGAGGAGAUUGUUAGAGCCAUGACGUUUGUCAUCAACCAGGGUAUGGCUAUGUACUGGGGCACAUCACGAUGGAGUGCAAUGGAAAUCAUGGAAGCAUAUUCAGUGGCCCGUCAGUUUAAUCUCAUUCCUCCAGUGUGUGAGCAGGCCGAGUAUCAUCUCUUCCAGCGUGAAAAGGUGGAGACUCAACUACCUGAGUUGUAUCAUAAGAUAGGUGUUGGUUCUAUGACAUGGUCUCCGCUGGCGUGCGGUCUAAUUACUGGAAAAUAUUCCGAAAGUGUACCAGAAAAAUCAAGAGCAUCAUUCAAGGGUUACCACUGGUUGAAGGAAAAAGCAGCAAGUGAAGAAGGGAAAAAACAGCACUUAAAGAUAAAGGAGCUGCAUCCUAUUGCUGAACGUCUGAACUGCACAGUGACUCAACUGGCUAUUGCAUGGUGCCUGAGAAGUGAAGGGGUUAGCUCUGUACUUCUCGGUGUUUCCAACACUGAUCAGCUACUGGAGAACCUGGGAUCCAUUCAGGUAUUGUCCCAAAUGACACCUCAGAUAAUAGUCGAAAUUGACCAGAUUCUUGGCAACAAACCCAAUAUAAAGAAAGAUUCCCGAGCAUGAGAAUCAAUCAGGAGCCCUUUGGAACUUCAAGGUGUCCCCCACUCAGGACAGGGGACAUACAAAAGCUCGCUAGCCUUGUGCAUGGUCCCCCCUCUGGCAGUGCUGAGAGAGUGGGUGGAGAACUUUACCUAGCAAUAAGAGAGGAAUAUCUGCUGCCUGCUUUAAUACUAUGGAGUUUUCCCAAGCAUUAAUUCAUGUCACCCUGUGGGGGGAGAAUAAGACUAAAAGUACUCUGUCACCCUAUGGGAAGAGGGACAGAUAUAUAGCUCCCUAGUGUACAUGUCACAUUGCAGGGAGAGGAACAGGCUAGUGCUGUUCUGUUUAAGUCAUCCUAUAGGAAAAUAACCCACUAAUGAUGCCCUUCUUACUUUUAUCCUGUUGGAGGAGGGAAGCUUUAAGUCCUUUUUUUUUUUGCAUGUGUGUGCGUGUGUAAGUAAGGACAGACUCAUUGCUCACCCUGUCUGUGUUAUUCUGUAAAGAGAAAGGACAGACUUUUACCUCCUUUAUAUGUUCUUAUUGAACCCUUCUACAUUACCUUGUAGUGGUCGUGGGAAGAGAAUCAUAGACUCUUCUGUAUUUCUCUCUGUAUCACUGUGGGAAGGAGCAACCAACUCAUACUUUUUCUCGGACUGAUUUGUUUCUACAGGAAAGAACCAGACUCAUAAUUUGUUCUGUUUGUCACACUGAAUGUUUGUGUGUGUGUGUGUAUGAUAGUAACAUUCAAACUCCCUGUCUGGAUCAGUUUGUCAAAUUGUGGCAGAGGUUAAAGAAAAAACGUUGUCAUACUCACAAAUACCUUAUAUCAACCCAACUGUCUAAUUGGCAUUAUAUCCAAUGGUGUCAUCUUGUUCAACAUAUUAUUGAUAAAACAGGGACAUCUCUUUAACCACGGCUAUUGUCACGGCUAUAUCUGCAUGUUCAAUUUUAGGAAAAAUGGAGCCAGAAUCUAAUAUGUAGGAUUAUACCGUUACUGCCUGUCUUUGAAAAACCUUUGGGAUCCUCUGCUAUAAAAAAAAUGGCUGAUGUACUGCAAGAUCAUGUUCUCAUCUUUUUUUAGGACAGUAGGACUUUUAUAAGUAUUUUAUUGCAAGUUCAAUAACAGUCCCACUCUUCUAUUGUCUUUAUAAAAUAUGACUUUUAUGGGAUAUUUUUAUCCUCCUGUUGUUUGAAAUAUACAAAUUACAGAAUUGGUAAAACAA